AUGGCCCCAACCACAAGCAACACCAGUGACGACUGGCUUCAGAUUCAGAAUCUCAUCUUUACAACCGAUGACUUCCUCAAGAAGGUCUCCAGCAAGGAUCUCUUUCUUUUCAUGAUUGGCAUCGACCUUGAAAACAUUCUGGCAGGAGAGAACCCAAAAGACGUUCACUUGCUCCUUGGACUUGGUCACAACAAACGACAGAUAACGGAUCUAUUUCCCAACGAAUUUCUACACGGCGAGCUGAAAAAGGCGCUGAACAGCUCAUUGACAUAUGGCGACACGCUGGAUUCGAUGAAAUCUGUGUUCAAGAUUCCUACAGCCAAUACGACUAUCCAUCUUCAUUUUGACGGCCUUCUCCGUCCGGGCUCUGGCGAAGGAGAGAUAAGCGUUUCCCCCCAUGUUUUCGUCGAAGCAGAGAAUGGCAUCCCACGGUCUAUGUUUCUGUCUACGCAUGAUUGA